CGGAAUAUUAGCAGUAUGGCGACAAAGCAGACACAUGUCUCACGGCCUAUCGGUCUAUUCACAGCACAGCCAAUGCUCACGUCUGCCCCCUCUGCUCCACAAGCAAGUACGCCGUCUCAUCAGCAUCACCACCACUCCCACCCUCACCCUCAUUAGCACCCUCCUUAAGAAGCGGCUGCCUGUCCUCACCUUGCACACCCAGAAACAGCCCCUGCUUCCUGAACCUCUCCCGCAGCACAUGCAUCAACUCCCGCCGUGUUGUCGAGAAAUGGUUGAUAAUCGGGAUGGACACAAAAAACAGCGGGAUGCCCCACCGACGCCAGUCGUCCAGGAAAGACCCCUGCGCAAAGAAGGCGUUAGGGUAGUACUUUUUCGCCAGGAUCUCAUAGGUCAGCACGGGGCUCUUGGCGCACUGCAGCCAUAGCAGCGCGAUGAUCACCGACACCAGGAUGGGCGGCCAUAUCUCCAGGAGGGACUGCAGCAGCUCGAAUAUCACCCAGAAAGGGGCCAGGAGGCAGUCGCAGAAGGUCACCGCCUGCUUUGCCGUCAGGUAGUAGACUACGGCCAGAAUGAGGAUCAGCAAGAAGAACUGGACGUAGAUGGGAAUGGCCAUCACCAGGGCCACGUACAUGCCGAUAGUGGCCAUGAGCUGGGAGAUGGUGUAGUCGGGCUGGGGGUGGGUGGAGGAAUAGGGCCGCAGUGUCUCGACGAUGACCCAACAGUCGGACGGCACCACCAUGUUGAGCAGCCCGGGGAUGGCUGCGGCGAGGACGGCAUCGAAAUCGGAGAGCCAUAUGAUGCCCAACACCGUCAGGACAGCAAACUGCACGACAGAGAGGGACGGAGGGAGGGAGGGAGGUGGACGAACAAGACAAACACACAGGUGGAUACUACCUACCAUGGGAUCAUCAGCAUUGCCUACGAUGAGGUCACAGCCAAUCCAGCCAAUCCUGAUCAGAUCCAUCCACACAGGAAGGAAAGACACACACCAUCGCCACACACGUCGAUGGAUGCACACAUUCAGUAAUUCUUCCGCUCAUACAUACCAGAAAUCGAUGACGAGCUCGAGGACAUUGACGAGGAAGCACACAAAGAGAAACGACAUCCCAAUGGGCCUCAUCUUGCCAGUCAGCCAUGUCUUCUCCUCAAACGCGGGGUGCCUCGCCUUCAGGGAGUACCUGCCCCAGAAGGUCUCCGUCUUGGGGAAGCUGAGACACGUCAGCAGCUCCACGCUCUUGGCCCUCUCGCGGAUGUCCUUGGCCAGCAUGAUGAGCAGAAUGCCGAUGCUGAAGAUGGCGCAGAGCCGGUUGCUCACCGACUGCCGCAGCAGCGUCUGUAUCUGCCGGUCGAUGAUCGUGUCGAUUGUCAGACCUGACUUGUCCUGCGCGCCGCUCUCCAAAUGGUGGAAACUGCUUGCACCCAUGGCAAUUAACAGACAAAGGGAAGGGCCUGGCGAAGAAUUCCCGAUGUGUGUGUUCCUGCGCACGGUACGGCACGGUACCCGAGGGCCGAUGUGAAGUCGGGGUCGAGAGUGAAGAGCAGAGAGAUCUGCACUGUCAGGACAAAGAUGGUCAAGAGGAGGAGCAGAAAGGGCGACAGCUGCAAGGGCCUGCCGAUGGACGUCAGCCCAAACGCUCCCAUCAGGCACGCGCUGCACGUACAGUAAGUACAACAGACACUCGAUCCAAGAGAGACAUACAAUGGUGGGGUGGACGCAAUGCAUGCGAUGCGAUCAUCGGUGUGCAUUACACGCAUACAUGGACAGGUUGAAGACGUCAUGCUGCAGGCCGAUGUCCCCCACGUAGCAGGCGUCCUCAUCAUCGUCGCUCGAGGUGAUGCUCUCGUCCCUCCCAGCCACCACAGUGCUGUCGGCCGAGUCCAUCCCUCCGCCUCCUCCCGCCUCGGAUGCCUCUGGCGACGAGACGACGCGGCCGGCGGCGUAGUGGCGGCGAUUCUUCUUGUGCAAACGCGCACCUAUCAUCGCACCGCACCCACACGGGCGUCUAGUCAGAUGGCCGGCUCUGG